GGCUUGUGAGGUGUGACUCUUAACAUAAACCUCUCGUACUUAAUUUAAUUUUCUCUCUGCAAACCCAAAUAAGGGUUUUCUCCACCAUUCUGCUCGCUCUUCUCCUUUUCACUGUUCGAUUGGACCAACGCUCUCCACCAACUUUGCCCAAUAGAAGCAGUAACUUUGGCAAAACUAGGGGAUUGUUCAAGAGUUAUUGUCUAGUUGAUGAAGAGGAUUAGGAGGGACACGUCUAUGAUGCGUCAGAAGAAUAGGCAGUUUAAAUCCUUGAAGCAAAUCCCUGAUUUCUCAAAGUGUGAUUCAACAUUGAGUGCUGGUCGAGAUAGCUCUCGCAAUCCUACAUCUUUACGUAGAUGUCAACAUUGUGUAGACAACGAAAAUAAUACUCCUCUUAUGCGCCAUGGGCCAGCUGGAGAAAAAACAUUAUGUAAUGCAUGCGGCAUCGUUUGGGCCAAAAAGAGGAAACUUAGAGAUCUCAGUAAGGGACGAGUAGAUCUUUCUGUUGAGCAAAGUGAUCUGGAUGCUCUAAUUGAUGUCAAUGUUGUUGAAGGAGAAUUGCCUGCCAUCCAAAAUGAACAAAAUCCUCUUGUUGAUGUCAAUAUUACUUAUUUUGAAGGAGAAUUGUCUGUCAUCCAAAAUGAACAGGUUAUCUCUGAUGAUCAUUCCAAAGCCGUCGCUGGUAAAGGUUCGAAUAAUACAUCAAACCCUUGUGAUGAGAAUUUGCUGGAUCCUCUUAUUGAUGUCAAUAUUAUUGUUCUUGAUGGAGAAUUGCCUGUCAUCCAAAAUGAACAAGGUAUUUCUGAAGAUCCUUCCAAAACCAUCACUCCUAAAGGUUCAAAUAAUCACACAUUAAACCCCUGUGACGAGGAUCCUCUUAUUGAUGUCAAUAUUACUGUUCAUGAUGGAAAAUUGCCUGUCAUCCAAAAUGAACAAGUUAUUCGUGAAGAUCCUUCCAAAGCCAUUGUAGGUGAAAGGUCGUAUAAUCAUGGAUUACAUCUCUGUGACGAGGAUCUUCUUAUUGAUGUCAAUAUUACUGUUUUUGAUGGAAAACUGCCUGUCAUCCAAAAUGAACAUGGUAUUUCUGAAGAUCCUUCCAAAGCCAUCGUUGGUGAAAGAGCAUAUAAUCAUGCAUUAAACCUCUGUGAUGAGGGUAUUUCUGAAGAUCCUUCCAGAGCCCUCGGUGUUGAAGGUUCAAAUAAUCAUGCUUUAAGCCCCUGUGAGGAUGCUCUAAUUGAUGUCAAUGUUGUUGAAGGAGAAUUGCCUGCCAUCCAAAAGGAACAAGGAAUUGCUGAAGAUCCUUCCAAAGGCAUCAUUGUUGAACUUGAAGGUUCAAGUACUCAUGCAUUAAACCCCUGUGACAAGCCGAUGAAGAGCUACACGUUUUCAGAGAUCAUUGCAACGGCAGAGUCAUUGUUGGCAUUUCUCGAUAAGGACUUGCCAUCUGCCUCGGAGGUAGACUACACCUCGAGUCGAGCUAAGUAUAGAAGGAUUGUGCUCGAGACUACAACCGUUGCAGGGCAGACUGUCCGCAAUGACAUCACCAGGAGGAUGAUGGAUCUUCCUGUGCCUUUACAACAGAUUAUAGAGGCAUGGUUGGAUGUUUUGGCGAGUGGGGUAGAGACACCUUCUGAGGACUCAUCUGAGAGACCACUCCGUACUACGUUCUCUGAACCUCCAAGGAGUAGGGAGACAUUUGUUCAUCCUGCCACUCCUAGAAGUGUUGUAGCUGCUACUGGGGAUGAGGUUGGGCCAUCCACCUCCAGGGUGGUUCAGGAGGAACCAGUGGGUGAAGAGGUUCCUGUGGUUGUGCCUGAGCCUGUUGUUUCUCCUCAGUUAAAUAGCAUUCAUAGCAGUCACCUGAUUCAGUCAUAGUGCCUGAGCUCAGGAGCCACCAUAUAGUGCAUUUCUUUCUUUUGUAUAUAUUUUGAGGUAUUUUAGUGUAUGUUGCAUUAUACAGAUUUUUGUAAAGGCGAUUAAGAGUAAUGGUUUUCAAAUUAUUUCAAAUUUAGAGUUUAAAAUUUCACCACCA